CCAUUGCCAAUACUGCACUGCCAACUAUUCGGCAUAGAGGCAAACGGAUUGCCGACGUUAUUCGGAUACUAAUUGCGAGAUGGCGAUAGAGAUAUAAGCAAAGCUGGUGAGAAUGAAAUUGAAGUAAGAGCACGAACAUUUGAAGUUCAAGAAGUCCGGCCUAGACAUCUGGAGCUGCUGGGCUUGGCAUCACAUGACCGGUUAUUGAAUGUGGAAGGUGGCCCAUUGACAUUCCCGACCGCCGCAUCACAAUUAUAUGCCCGCCAGCUCCUGAAAUCCACGACAACCGCAUAUCUCCCACCAGUGAUCGUCAUGGCUCUCGCUACCAAGACGCAGUCGCAAAAUAUAUUUGCGAAAUUGAAAUCGAAGGCUGCAAACAAGAUAUGUUUUGACUGCGGCGCAAAGAACCCAACAUGGAGCUCUGUCCCUUUCGGCAUCUACCUUUGCCUGGACUGUUCUUCGAAUCACAGAAACAUGGGUGUACAUAUCUCGUUUGUACGGUCCACGAACCUUGAUAUAUGGCAAUGGGACCAACUUCGCAUCAUGAAAGUCGGCGGUAACGAAAGCGCUACGAAGUACUUCCAAUCACACGGUGGUUCAGCUGCGCUCGCUAGCAAGGACCAUAAAGCGAAAUACACAAGCAACGCUGCUACAAAGUACAAAGAGGAGUUGGCAAGGCGAUCUACCAUAGAUGCUAGGCAAUACCCCGAUGAGGUUGUCAUAACCGACGCAGCAGAAGCAACUGGGAGCGAUGGAACAAACACACCUGCUGCUGAUGAAGAUGACUUCUUUUCCUCCUGGGACAAGCCUACGAUCAAGCGGCCCUCCAACCCGCCAUCCCGUACCGGUACCCCCCGAGCGCAAUCACCCUUCCUCAAGCCUGGCGCGAAUGGCGAUGGCGCUACGCGACCUAAAUCACCACUUGCAGGAACCUCUGAGCCUACGACCCCUGCCGCUAUCCCUUCCGCUAAACCUGCUGCUGCCCGCAAGACCACUGCUGGCGCCGCACCGAAGAAGAACAUUCUUGGAGCGAAGAAGAAGGGGUUGGGCGCAAAGAAGGUAGUCGCUACAGACGGGCUAGACUUUGAGGAAGCCGAACGCAAAGCCCGGGAAGAAGCUGAGCGUAUUGAGAAACUUGGGUACGACCCUGAUGCGGAAGUCAAUGAAGUGACACCUGCCGCGAAGGCCAAAGCCCCCGAGGCGUCUAACAUCAUCGCACCUACACCAGUUGCACCACGUAGCGGUGGCUUUGGUUCCACUGCCAAACCGGAGAAAUCAAGCCAAGAUAUGGAGAGACUGGGUAUGGGCGUUGGACGCUUAGGCUUUGGCCAGGUUGCUGGUGGUGGUGGUGCUGCUGCAAAGGCCGCACCGAAGAAGAUGGGCGGUUUCGGUAGUGUUGGUAAGCCGGCCGAACAGGACGACCAGAAAUUCGCGAGGGAAAAAUUUGGUACACAAAAAGGUAUCUCAAGUGACGAAUUCUUCGGGCGGAAUGCAUAUGAUCCUGCAGCGUCAUCGGCAGCAAAGGAGCGGUUGCAAGGCUUUGAGGGUGCUUCUGCCAUAUCAUCCAACGCUUACUUUGGACGUCCUGAAGAUGAGGGCCCAGAGGACGACUAUGGUGAUCUGGAAUCUGCCGCCAAAGAUUUUGUUCGCAAAUUUGGCAUCACCGCCAGUGAUGAUCUUGAAAACCUCUCUAGCUUGUUGGGCGAAGGCGCCACGAGACUCCAAGGCGCUGUACGGAAUUAUCUGAACUCUUAG